ACCGGUGUAUCGUGAACAGUUAUAAAAAAUCCUUUGUUUUAUACCUGUUAUCCUUAAAACCGGUUUAAAUUAUAUUAAAUAUUCUUUAUUUUUUCGCAGCUUGCAGCUCUACUUUUUAUUCUAUGCAACUUUUUUUUCGUUCCUUCUCUUGUUGUCUGUCUCUUUGUUCUCCCUCCUUUCUUCCCCCUUCCUCCGGUUUCUCUCUUGCAGCUCCAAGUUAUUUCAUUCUCCUACCAUUGUUUCUUCUUCUUUCUCCUGCCAUUGUUCUCGUUCGUUGCUGUUAUCGAAGUUGUCAAAGUUGUUGGAUGAAGCUAUUGGUCGGCAUUUGAAGUUGUUCAUCGUGGUUGAAGUUCUCGGCUAUGGUAGAUGAAACCCUUGCGGUGGUGUGCCGUCGGCAAGUGAUAUGUCGUGAUGAGUACAUCUGAUAAUUCUUCUCUGACCGUGUAAUUUUCUGUUUCGCUUGUAUCAUUGUGUGCAAAAUAUUUAUGCUGUUGCGGACAUCUGUUUCGUUGUUUUAGAUGUUGUUUGGCUGAGGAAGAGUGCAAAUGCAUAUUUUAGAUCUAAGCUAGGGUCUUCGUGACUGUUCCAAAUUAUUGGAGUUUCUUCCAGUUGGAUGAAAAGUUGCGAUCGAGGUCGUAGCCGUUAGCGGCCGCCGGGAAGGGGAAGUAUGAGAUGUCACAGGUGGUGGUGGUGGCGAUAGUGGGUGACAGUGUUAUAUAUGGGAGAAAUAAAAUAGGAAGAAAAUGGAAAGAGAGGAAGGGGCCGGGGCAAGAAAUGAGAGACGCUGCCAUUAAAGAACCCUUGUAACACGAUGGCGUAGGGUCCAAGAUUUCCACCAUCAACUCAAUAACCUGUAUAAUUGCAACUUGCAAAAACAGGCAUUUCUAGCUUAAGUUAGAGUUUCAAAAGAUUAAAGCAGAUGAUAAUAAUACAUAUACGAGAGGAAAUAAACAUAUGCAACAUAAAUUCCUUCCUCAGAAUUUGGUUUUAGUGCUUACGAGAGAGGUAGAAACAACAACCAACUCAGUUAUUGUGUCCUCGUGAUCAUAGGCUUUGAUGAUCAUCCCAUUCGUUUUUAUUACUGCGAAAGGGUUGGAGGAGGGGGAGUUUGUGAGUCCCUUAGUGAAGAAAUUGAGGAAAAGACAAAUGCAGAAUUUUUUUCUCUCUCUCAUGGUUUCCCAGGGAGUUCCAAUUAUAUAUAUGGGCGAUGAAUAUGGACACACAAAAGGGGGAAACAACAAUACCUAUUGUCAUGAUAAUUAUCUUAAUUACUUCCAAUGGGACAAAAAGGAAGAAUCCUCGUUAGACUUCUUUAGAUUUUGUUGCCUUGUGACUAAGUUCCACCAGGAAUGUGAAUCUAUGGGCUUAGAUGACUUCCCAACAUCAAAGAGGCUACAGUGGCAUGGUCAUUUCCCUGGGAUGCCAGACUGGUCAGAAACUAGCCGUUUUGUGGCUUUUACCAUGGUUGGAAAGGGUCUGUCUAAGGAUGUGAAGGCUCGUAAACUUGCUUUACAGCACUGGCUAGAGACAAUUGACCCUCGACAUCGCUAUGGUCACAAUCUUCAAUUUAUUAUGUGAAAUGGCUUUGCUGUGAUAGUUCCGAACCUUUCUUCCAUUGGUGGAGAGGAUGGAUUAUGAAGUAGCUAUUGAGAAUGGAAGGCUCAUGUAUAAGAAAAGUGGGAAACCUGUUGACACAACAGGAAAA